UUGAAAUGAAUGAACUCUGCCAUCUACAAUGGACCGAUGGCUGAUGUUUUUUAAUAUUUUAGUUUCGUGGUUAUAUUAACUUUGUUGAUUAUAUGUUAUUAUUAUAACAAUAAUAAGUAAAUACUUAAAAAUAUAUGAAUAAAUAAAUAUGUAAUUUAUGGUACAUGGUAGUUAUUGUUUAUCAUUAUACUGGAGGAGAGCUGUAAAUAUAUAAUAUAAAAAAAAUUUUCGUGGAUGCUGGUGGAAUUUUUUACAACAAUUAACAUUUAUAGACCGAGGAACCAGUGAUUUUUUUUAACUAUUAAGAUGUCUUCUAAGAGUGAAUUGAAAAAGUUGUCCGAAGAGAGUUUGACCAGACAGCCAGAAGAAGUGUUUGAUAUUAUUUGUAAACUUGGCGAAGGAUCUUAUGGAUCGGUGUACAAAGCUCUGCACAAAGAAAGUGGCCAAGUGCUAGCUAUAAAACAAGUACCAGUGGAUACUGACUUACAAGAAAUAAUUAAAGAAAUAUCUAUAAUGCAACAAUGUGAUUCUCCAUACGUUGUUAAAUACUAUGGGAGUUACUUUAAAAACACAGAUCUCUGGAUUGUAAUGGAGUAUUGUGGAGCUGGUUCUGUUAGUGACAUAAUGAGGUUACGGAAAAAAACACUGCAAGAAGAUGAAAUCGCAACGAUUCUCUGUGAUACUCUUAAAGGUUUAGAGUAUCUUCACUUAAGAAGAAAAAUACAUAGAGACAUUAAGGCUGGUAAUAUCUUGCUCAAUAAUGAAGGUCAUGCUAAAUUAGCAGACUUUGGUGUGGCUGGUCAACUAACGGAUACGAUGGCUAAAAGAAAUACUGUGAUUGGUACUCCAUUCUGGAUGGCGCCGGAAGUAAUUCAAGAGAUUGGUUACGAUUGUGUCGCAGAUAUUUGGUCUCUAGGAAUAACAGCGUUGGAGAUGGCAGAAGGGAAACCUCCUUACGGUGACAUCCAUCCUAUGAGAGCGAUAUUCAUGAUCCCGACGAAACCUCCUCCAAGUUUCCGAGAACCUGAUCAGUGGAGCCCGGAGUUUAUUGACUUUGUCAGUGUGUGUCUUGUCAAAAAUCCCGAAGAACGUGCGACAGCCACGGAGCUGCUGAAUCAUGAGUUCAUAGGCGCUGCAAAGCAGCCGAAUAUUCUUAGUCAGAUGAUCGCGGAUGCUCAUGAGAUACGCGAGAAACAGAGCGCUCACCGUACUCAUAUUAUUAACAAUGUCGCGAUCAAAGGACAGAAUAAUGCUGAUGAUUCGGAUGAGGAAGAUUGUAGCGGAACGAUGAAACUUCUCCCAGAAGAUCCGGGUACUCUGGUUCCUGGAGAUCUACCAGAUACUGGAACUCUAGUUUCAACAAUACUCGACUUGGGUACUAUGGUAAUCAAUAGUGACACUGAUAAUGAAGCUACAAUGAAAAGGCACAACACAGGUUCCGUUGAGUCAGGAAAAAAAUACCGACCCCUAUUUCUCGAUCAUUUUGAUAAAAAAGAAGCUCCAGAAAUCGUCAAGGGCAAUGGCCAGAUCCUACACAACACCGAAGCAGAGAAUAAAGUCGAUCCACCAACUCCGACGGAAUCUCAGAGGUUCCAAAGCCAUUUACAGCUCCAACUAAAUCAAAUAUCUCAUCCAGUGCCUGACCAACCGCAUAAUAAUAUUCCUAAAUUUCAAAACGCAUUCACAGAACGUGAUUUUGACUUUAUAAACAACCAUAUCCUGCAGUUAAAGUUCCUCUCGUACGAGGAGCUGCAGCAACGGAUGAUUAGUCUUGACGCAGAGAUGGAACGCGAGAUUGAUGAACUCCGAAGGAGGUAUCAGACUAAGAGACAGCCAAUUCUCGAUGCCAUGGAUACUAAGAGAAAACGCCAGCAAAAUUUCUAACAGUUUGGUAAUUUUUGUACGUUAAAAUAGAUGUGUGAUGAUAGUGUACAGUUGUAUAAAUUUAUAAAUUUUAUUCUGUAAUCAUGUCGCGAAUUUACGUACUCCUGUGAGUGUAACUCACAUUUAUUUACAACACAUAGUGCAUCUUAUUAUUUUUACUUACUCUUUGUCUCUUCUUGAUAUAUUUCAGCUGAAAUUAUUUUCGAAUUGGCUUGUUUUAAUUGAUUAAUGCACUUUGGUUAAUAUUAGUGUAAUAUAUUUUUAUUAAAUUUUUUUCAUCGCUAAUUUUUUUUUUUUUUUUUAUUUUUUUUUAUUUAAAGCAAUUAACUAGUUAAAUCUGAAAGAAAAUGAGGAUUUAUUUGCAAUAAUAUUUGUUUAAUGAUUUAAUUGAUAAUUUGUGUCAAGUCUUAAACCUUGAUAUGAAUAAUUAAGCUCUAGUGAUAUAGACGGUAAUACAAUAUAUUAUUUUUCCAUAAAUUUUUAAAUAAUUGAAUUAAUAAUCAAAUUUACUUGCCAAAUAAUUUAAUAAAAAUCAAUAGAAUAUAAUAAAAUAAAAAUCUUAAGUCUUCACUUUUACAACUAAAUUCAUUAUAUAUCAAUACGUUUUCCCACAAUUAUUAAUAAAAUAUUAAAAUUUAUCUUACUUUAACUUAUAAUAAAACUAUUUGAGAUGUUUAAAGAUGCACAUGUAAAAAAUAACAAUAUACACAAGUUGAUUCAUUAUGAUAAUAAUUAAAAAGGAAAGAAAGAAAAAAAAACCUAGAAAUUAGUCUUCCUAUUUAAGGCAUUUAUGCGUUAUUAUUCAGUUUAUUAUUAUUAUCAAAAAGAAAAAUAAAGAAAAAAAAAUGUUACUUGAGCUAUUUAAAAU